UGGAUAAAAUUUCGCUUGAACAACUCGACCAAAUUUGGUCAAAUUUGGAUGAUUUAGCUAAAAAAGAUCCCGAAAACUAUCGCAGAUUAAUUAACAGUCAAAUGGAAGAAUAUAAAAAUAUGACCAAACCCUUAGUUUAUUUUUCGACCAUUUCGGCCGUGGAUUCGAUUAAUAAAGUCGACAUAAUAAUCAACAUUGUACUGAUUCCAGAAUUCCGCCUGCCAAGUCUCAAACAGAUCCUCUCCCAAUGACUGCAAAGGAGUUUACUGAUCCUCAUUCAAAAAGCGGAGACAGAAUAUUUCUGCUGGCCAUCAACGACACGACAGCCAAAACAGUCGUCACUGAGCCAUUAUUUAAUGAACUUUUUUCACUUUCUAUCACCUUUUUGAAGGAAGUUCACAAAAUAGAAAUUGACUUGUCGAAAGGCUACAACAGACUUCCAAAAUACCAAGGCGAUCCAAAAUGGCUUGAAACAUUUUUUGUAUCCAGCAACUCAGAAAACAUGCGCGAAAAACGCGAAAUAAAAAUCCCCGGCCUUAAAAUAGAUGAAGAAAAAAAUUUGACAAUUCCCUUUUGCCGACGACCGAUAAAAAUACGAAACCUCUAAUUCAAGUUUUGUCAGAAGACGUCAAUUCACAAAAUGAGUUAAGCCACGAGUUUACAAUUUGUCAAAAAGAAGGAAAAGACUUUUAUCAUUUAAAAAUCCACUACGACCCAAAUGAAACCCCCUUUUCCCGUAAUGGCACGGAAUUGUUAUG